GCAGAUUGACCAAUUACCACCCUGACGUCACUUCUACGCCAUCCAAUCCAACCCUACUAUAUCAUAUAAACAACCCCCAGCUCCCAUACAGUCCCUCUUCCUCCAACAAUUCAUCUUUACAAUUGACUAUUCUAUCAAAUCCAUCCAAACCAAACCAAACCAAGCAAAGAAAAUCAACCAAAAUGUCCUCCACAAUCCCCACCACGAGCGGCACCCAGCCCCUCGACCCCUACAAAGCCAAAUCCCUAGACGACGACCUCCCCCUCGCCCAAAAAAUCACCGACCUGUCGACCUUCAUCACAGAACAGAAAUUCGGCAUGCUCACGACAAAGUCCUCGGACGAUGAUUUGCUCACGAGUCGGUGUAUGGCUCUUGCUGGGAAGGAAAGAGGCGACACCACCCUAAUCUUCCACACGAACCUCUUCAGCCACAAGACUAUGGAUUUGACUGCCCACCCCACUGAAACCAACAUGUCUUUCUUAGACCCAAUCAGCGGGUCGUGGGCAUCUAUUUCCGGAACGGCGAGUAUCGUGGCUGAUAAGGAGACCGUCAAGAAGUAUUACUCGCCGGCGCUGCAGGCGUGGUUGGGCGAUUUGGGGGAUGGCGUGCAUGAUGGUGGACCCGAGGAUCCCCGGAUCGGGGUGAUUAAGCUGGAGGCGAAGACGGCGGUGUAUGCGGUCUCCAGGAAGGGGGUUAUUGGCCGUGCGGUGGAGACGGUGAAGAGUGUUGCUAGGGGGGAUGUGCCCGCUGUUAAUAGUAUUAGGGAGAUCGGGAGGGGGGAGUUUGAUGAGUGGAGACGGACGCAUCCUGAGUAAUUCUGUGGGUGUUGUUGGGUGAGUGCUGGUAUGGGCUAUGAGAUAUGAGCAGUAUUAUGUUAGUUCGGUGU